GUGGGCGUGUACGAGUGAAAGCGCCUUCCCUUCCACCUGAGUGAUCACGCAUGCGCAAGGUGCCUAGGUUCCCCAUCUCUCUCUCUCUCUCUCUCUCUCUCUCUCUCUCUCUCUCUUUCUCUGUUUCCCUCCCACAAACACGCGCGCACUCGCACGCGACUGAUGUCAGUGUGUCGGUCGGCCGAGUCGCGCGCGCUGCCUGUGGAUGCCAGCCGGAGUCACCGGGGACCAGUGGAUCUUGUUUUGCCGUAAAAUUGGAGGUUUUCAAGCGGAACUUCUGAGCGCGGGAAGCUCGCGGCGCUGGAGCCGUUCAUUCCGCUCUCUGAUCUUCUGACCUUCAGCAACCUCUGAUGAUCUCAAAGUGAUGACCCACCUUCAUCAUCACCACACCCGUCGCCAUGGUCACCCAUCACCUCGGUGACCAACCUGUCCGCCACCAAACCCUCCGCCUCCUCCCCUCUUUGCUCCCAUCCAAUCGGCCACGGUGAUGCACGUGAUGGGCAGCGUCUCCCCGGCCAAUGAGAGGCAGGGAUUCUUCCUCCAGGAGGAGGGCGUGGCCAUCACCGUGCCAACGUCUCCCCAUCAUCCUCCGUCUGGAUUUUCUGAUGUCGAGGACAAUCGGGCGAGACUGUCACUUCCUCCCCCUCCUCCCCCAGCACCUCCUCUUCCUCCUCCUCCUCCUCCUCCUCCUCCCCCUCCCCCUCCACCCCUGCUUCCAGGGCUAGGAGAUCCUGUAGGAGGCCUGAGGAAGAAGAAGAGAGUGAGGAGUUUCUUUUGGAAGACGAUACCAGAGGAUCAGGUGAAGGGGCGGGCCAACCUGUGGACUCAGGGCCGAGUGCAGCAGCAGUACCAGAUCGACGUCCGCACCAUCGAAGAGCUGUUUGGUCAAAACGACAAUCAGUCAAACACUGAGGCCACGCCCACCAGGGGAGGGAAGACGAGGAGCUCGUUCAGAGAGGCCAAAGAGGAGGUCUGCAUCCUAGACUCUAAGCGAGGGAUGAACAUCGGGAUUUUCCUCAAACAGUUCAAGAGGUCCAAUCAGACGAUAGUAGACGACAUUCACCGUGGCAACAGUGAGCCUUAUGGGGCGGAGCCUCUGAGAGAGCUGCUGAAGCUGCUGCCGGAGAUAGAGGAGGUGAAGAAGCUGAAGGGGUACCGCGGCGACGUCUCUAAGCUCUCAUUGGCCGAUUCCUUUGUGUACCUGCUGGUUCAGCUCCCCAGUUACUCGGUCCGUAUUGAGUCCAUGCUGUUGAAGGAGGAGUUUCCUGGAGUGUGCGAGGCCAUGAAACGAGACAUUAGGAUUCUUCGUUCGGCCACCAGAGAGUUAAUGUGUUGUGAGGAGCUCCAUGCUGUUCUCCACCUGGUGCUGCAGGCUGGAAACAUCCUCAACGCCGGAGGUUACGCAGGAAACGCAGUGGGUUUCAAGCUGUCUUCCCUUCUGUCUCUGGCCGACACCAAGGCCAACAAACCAGGCAUGAACCUGCUGCACUUUGUCGCUCUGGAAGCCCAGAAAAAAGACACAAAGCUGUUGGAGUUUCCUCUGAAGCUGAGUCACGUCCAGCCUGCAGCCAGGAUCUCCGUGGAAACGCUGGACGCUGAGCUUCAGUGGCUGACAUCUCGCACGCGCUCAGUAGAGGAGAAUGUCCAGAGAGACACGGAGCUGCUGCAGCAACUUGACGGCUUCCUGCAGUCGGCCACCUCGUCUCUGUGCUCGCUGCGCGGCAGUCGGCAGCAGCUGAGGAGGGAGGGCAACGAGCUGAUCGACUUCUUCUGUGAAGACAGAGACACGUUCAGGCUGGACGACUGCUUCGGCAUCUUCAACACCUUCUGCUCCAAGUUCUCGCAUGCUGUCAAGGAGAACAUGGAGAGGGAGGCGAAGGAGGCCGCGCGGCGCCGGAGGAUACAGGAGCUGGAGGAGCAGAAGAGGCACUCAUGGGCCGGCGGUGAGGAGGUGGGUGGAGCCUUCAGGUUGCGCUGCAGCAGCGAGACGGACAUGUCAUCUGCCAUGUCACGACAUGAUGAGGCCGGGCUGCUGAUGGAGCUCCUGACCCCUAAGUACCGCCCCCGCUCACCCUUAUUAAACAACUCCCAUAAUUCUCUGGGGCGCUCAGGGAGCCUACGACGCUUGCGACACUCCCCAUCCAGCUCGCCGUCCAUUGCCGCAGACCGUGAACUGACCACGCUCCUGGGGAUGGCGACCCCUGAACACAAAGAGGCGAGGACAGCUUUUCUAUCGGCCUCACCAGAGCUCAGAAGUCCAGGACUCUCCCCUCAGACGCUAAGAGUCCCAUCAUUCAGCUUCCCCCAAAACCAGCAGCCUCAAACCUCCUCCUCGCCUCCCAAGACUUCUUUGAGCACGCAAAACCAUACAACCGCCACUUACCUCAGCUUCGAUGCUACCCAGACUCGAGUGAACACCACAGAUAAAGCUAAGGUCAAAACUACCUCUGAUUCGAACCAGCAAUCCGACCACAACAACAACGGCAAAGAUCGAUUCGGAACGCUUUCAGAUCAACAGUCUGGUUUGAGGGGGGAACUCGCUAAAGCUGAUCCUGAUCUUCGUGGAAGGAUCUCCUGCAGUGACGAGAAGUUCCAAUGCAACACCUCUACCACAGGAAACAUGUCUGUGGUUUUAGAGAAAUGCACGCUGGUGCCUGAGCUGAAAGUGUUCGACAAGGUCGCCACCAUGACCGGUCACAACGACACAAGUCGCCUCCAUGACCAUCACCGGGACGAUGUGGUGAUCACAGAUUUAGAAGAAGAGGUGGACAAGAAGCCGCAGAAUUACCCUGCAGAAAAAUCAGAGACUAGCUCUUCCUUGCCAAAACGAGAGGAAGAGGAAGGACGAGAGGAGACGGUGGUUGUAUGGUGUGUGACAGGUGUGUGCGAGGCAGCCGGCGAGCUCACGCACACUGACAACACACAUGCACAAACUGAGCAGGAUCAGUUUAGAAAUGACAAUCAGGGAGGAAGCAAACAAGUGUCUUCUGCCCCAGCCAAUCGCACGCCUUCAGAACCUCAGUUGGCCAAUGAGAAGCCAGUGCCUGUACCCAUCAGCAGCCAACCGGUGCCUGUCUCCCGCUGUGACGACCCGUCGCACCCAGCCUCUUCCCCUAGGUGGCACCCUGCAGAGCCUGCAGAGCCUGCAUCCACUGCAGGUGCCUCUGAGGAAGUUAAAGAAGCAGCCAAUCAAGAGAAAGAAGCAGAGGGCUCCACCAAUGAGGAGAGAGAUGUGGAGACUGUCCAAGAACAGUCAACAGGUGACCAGAGCAGGGACGAGACUGCUUCCUGUCAUGCAACCAGUGAAAACACAGAAGCAGCUUCCUCCACUAAUGGAAAGGCAGAAAAUUCGUCCAAAUCAUCCUCAAAGAACCUCCCUACCUCUAAAACUCGACCCCCUGGGAUGAAACCAGCCACCACCACCGGCAACAAAUGUAAACCAGUCCGCACCCUCACCAACUCUGAGAACCAGGGCAUGAGGCGGGUUGUUCCAAUCUCCAGGACCAGCCGAGGCGCUUCCUCUUUGGUUAAACGCCCUGAAAAGCCUCCAGGCCAACAGCGAGGCUCCUCAAGCACUGCAACACCGACUGCCUCCAAUCUCAGCAGCACCUCUGUCCGGCGAGGAGAGAAGCCGUCGACUGCGCCUUCAUCCCGGCGCUCCAGUAUCAACAAGGCACCAGACCCCAAGGACUCAAAAGACCAGAGGGUUCCAGGUACACAGGCGUCGGCUCGAGAGAAAAACCAGGACUUGCAAAGGAAGCCGUCUGUCCGAAAGCCGUUAACAAAACCCAAACCUCCGCCGGAGGAGAAGAUGUGUCGCUCCACGCUGCGUGCGCUCUCUCAAGGAGGUGGAGGCAGCGUCAGUGCGCCUGUUACACCUUUGCACAAAGCCGCUACCCCGUCAUCAUCACCGCUUCCAGGUUUCGCCCGAAGCACCGCUUCUUCUUCUUUCAGACGGACCCGCACUACCCUUUCUCCUCCUGCUCCUUCACCUCACACUGGCUCUGACUCCUCCCCUAAAUCCUCCCCCAAAACCACCUCCUCCUUCGCUAUGCCUUUCACCCGUACAGGCUCACUAAGAGUCCCUGCCACCUCCAGAUCCUCAGAUCUCCUCAACCCAUCCUCAUCUUCCUCGUCCUCCUCCCCACUGAGGUCUCAGAGCAUCAGGGCAUCAACUCGCUCGCCCGUCCACAAUUCGCCAGCUCCUCCUAAAGGCCACCGGCGGACCAACAGCGGAAACUUCUCUGACAAGUCAACUCACUCCAGGGACUCGGGCAAGUCCACCAGGCCAAGCUGGAGAUAACAAGAGCAAUUCGGUGGCUGCAUUCCAACAGAAGCGGACGUAAGUGGACGUAAAGUCAGAGGAUACAUUCCAAUAUGAAGAAAGGACUCUUAUUUAUGUAGGAAGCAAGGACACAUUCCUGAGCAAACAUCUCAAGUUUAGCCGCAGAAAAACAGAAGGUUGCGUUCCAAUGAGAAGCACAGACACAGGCGAGGUUGAAGGCCUCGUUGUAUUUUAAAGAACUUUAUCUCCUAUGCACUAAAGCCGGUGGUCAAAGGAUGCAUCCCAUUUAAGAGCCCUGCAGUAAGUACACUUAAAGGAUAAAGGCAGUUCCAGCAGUGCCACGUGAAACAUGAUAGUGAUGAAACAAUUUACUUAUUAGAAUUACUUAUUUGCUUGAACUCGAAAUCUUUUGACUUUGACUAAUUUGGACUCCAACAUGCAUUUUAUUUAGCACUCACCUUCCUAAGCUCUUUGUUACCACGUUUCCAACAAACACUUUUGGCACAGAACUCUUAAGGCUCAUUCAUCCUCUGCACUGGAUACAUGUUGUCGGCCUGAAAUGGGUUUAUAUCAAGUCCACAAAGUGUCUUAACUCGUGGCUACAUUUGGUGAAUUUCACCAAGAACAGCGUCACUCCAACACGAGUAAUAUACAGUAAAGGAAAGCUUCUGAUUCCUAUGUGUUAAACCCCACCAGCUGGAUUAUUAUUAACACAUAAGUUCCUUUUCCUAAGAGCUUUGAAGUCAUAUAAAGGUCACCAAGGCUUCUAUACUUGCAUUGACACCCAUUUAUACUGCUUCCACUUUCAUUUUCAUGGCAGUUAUUUUGUCUUAAGUGCUCCAUCGUAGGCAGCUCGACCUGCUUGAGUUUUUUGCAGAUGUUUCACCUCUCAUCCUAAGGGCCUCUUCAGCUCUAACGGACUGGUGCGGAGUCGCAGGCUUUAAACUCUGUGUGGGUGUGAACCCUUACACCGGUCGUUGGAGUCACAAGAGGAAAAAUGUCAGGAAUUUGAAAGAACAUAUAGGAAGCUGACUGAUUACAGGAACCACCUGCAUUUCAGUUUUAGAUGCAGGCAACACAGGAUCUUGCCGAACAGCUUACACUUGGCGAAAGGACACAGGGCUGCAGCAGUCCAUCUGAGGGCUCCCAACCAGCUGCCCAAUGAGAGAGUGAGACAGAUUCACUUCACCAUUGAUCAAGGGCGUAGGAAUGAGUUUAACAUUGGGGGGGCAAGUGAGUUAGAGAUUUUAAAAUAAAAUAUUUUUUUCCUCUGAGGUAUAAUUUUUGGGUGGGACAAAUGCGCCUGUCUCCAAUAUUCCCCCCGGUUCCUACGCCCUUGCCAUUGAUGCACUUAAAUCUAAGACGGAGUUGAUAUUUGAAGAACUGACAGCGCUAUCCAGUGAAGGCCUGGAAGAUGUCUCUAAGGGUGUUUUCACAUAUAAUCCUUUAAGUCCACCAGACACUUUCAGACAUGGUACCUAGACCCUAGUGUUUCCACCACAGACAGUCCUCUUAAAUGUGGGCGGGGUUGUUGUUACUCACUGCUCCGUCCAGCACUCGCU